AUGCCGUCGUGGCCGAACAGCAACGAGACGUCGAACGACGAUGACGAGUACAUGAGCGAGUUCAGCAGCAUGCAGAUGGAGUACUUUCAAACUCCUGACACUGUGAUAGACCCUAGUUUCUGUGGGCUUGUGACUGAAUCUGCCAGAAGGUGCAUCCUGCACAGGCAGAGGGCGGGCAAGUUUGUGGCAUUUGAAGGCACUGACACUGGCAGGAGAUUCAUAGGAUGUGCUACUGAGGAUGGUGUGAACUGUGGUGUUCUGGAGUGGGUAGAUGCUCCCUGGCUUGUAAUUCUGCAAAGAUGCUUAAGCAAGCUCUGGGAUAUGUAUCAUGAGCAGAACCUUGGUAGAGCCCAGGAUAAUGAGGCUCAUGGGAUAGAGGUUGCAAAACUGCAGAAGGAGCUUGGUUCUCUGGCCAAUCAGUAUAGCCAGCUGGUGGAUGAUGUGUCCAAGUUGUUUGAUUAUCAGGAUGGAAUCAAAUCUCAUGACAUGGAUUGCACAAGCCAGGCAAUCAAUGAACUGAAGGAGAAGAAGAAGCAUCUUGAGGAGCAGGCAAAGAUUGAGCUUCAAAUGGAGAAGCUUAAGCUCAAGAAAGAACAAAGUCAUUGCUGA